UUAAGGCCACUGAAAAGCGAUGCUUAAAUAGCUGAAAAAUUUCUUUGAAUUUUGGUUUACUCACAGGACGGGCGGCUGUUCCCAAUACGGCAGUAUCAUGUGCGUCUUCUGCAGCAGGAAAAUGCACAAAUACGCGUCUUUAGAAAGCAGCGAAUUUUUUCCCGUUUGAAUAAGCUCCAGGCACGAUUGCCUAAUUGGGAGACGACCCGCGGUGCUGAUACCGAGGGGUAUUUCCCGAUUGGGCGAAUGAGUCACUUUGCGCUGGGACAACAGGUGGUUUUGGUGCGUGGUUUGGGAAGGAAAGAGAGGAAAGAGAAGAAAGAGGGAGAGGGAGAGAGGAAGAGAGAAAAGGGAAAAACGAAGGACGAGGGUGAAGAGCAUGGGAAUAGGAAGGGGAGAGAAGAGACAGAGAAACUGCCUCAGAGCAGAUCAGUGUUUUUGUCUCAGGACGAAUUCAGUGCGAAACAUCCGAGCUGUGGCCGAUGGGCGAGAGCCGAAGAAGCAGAAGAAGCACAGGAAGCAGAGACAGCAGAGGAAGAAGAUCUACACCACUGCUUUAGAGUGUCUCAGCUGCGAAGCUCAUCUGGCUGCGUUGCUCGUUUCAGCUCGCUGGGAAUAACACAGAAUUCUCCCAAAUGAACCCACAUUUGCUGUUUUGCAUUUUGUUUUGCAUCUUGUUUUGCAGCUUUUGCUGCUUUACUGCCUCUGCCCCAAAUCACAAUUCCAAAGCUAGUGCUUGAUGAAUGGUUCCAUGGUGGAUUUAAUGAAUAAAUGGCCACCUUAUUUGAAUAAUUUACCUGAGUAAUUUGCUCUUAUAUACUCAUUUCAUCUAACUUAGUGAAUAACAUGCAUUGUUUCCCAUUAAUCACCAUUAUUAUACAUCAACCACCAUUAUCCACCAUUAAUUUCUAAUUAUAAUUGAAGAUUUAAAGAUUUAUUUUAUUUCCAGAAAUCUUAAAUCAACUCAAUUUAGUUUCCACUUAAUUUUCUUUUAAUUUUCUUCCAAUCUUCUCUCACUUUUCCUUAAAUUUUC